AGAUGCCAUUUCUAGAAAUCCCAGGUGGGAGGAGAUGCCUGAAAUCUUCUGACGUGUGCGCUAACACUGAUGUGAAGAACAGAUGGGUGUAUAAAAAGAGUGGCUGCUGGACACUGCUCGGUGUGAACAGGCACAAGUGCGCUGACCACUGGAAAAUGGCCAUGUCUGACUCUUCGCUCGCAGUGUGUGUCCUCUGUCUCCUGGCACUGUCUACGCUCUCCUCAGCCUGUUACAUCCAGAACUGCCCACGGGGAGGGAAACGCUCCUCUCCGGACACGGCUGCGGUCAGACAGUGUAUGGCGUGUGGUCCUGCAGACAGGGGCCGCUGCUUUGGCCCCAGUAUUUGCUGUGCUGCAGAACUGGGCUGCUAUGUGGGCUCUCCAGAGGCAGCGGGCUGCGUGGAGGAGAACUACCUGCCCAGCCCGUGUGAGAGCGGAGGAAGAGUGUGUGGAUCUGAGGGAGGCCGCUGCGCUGCACCGGGAAUCUGCUGCGACUCAGAGAGCUGCGUUCUGGAUCCAGACUGUUCAGAAGACAGCAGGUAUCAGCACCCUGUGGGUGAAAGCACCACCGGACUGAGCAGCACCUCAACAGGGGACAUUCUGUUACGUCUCUUCAACCUGGCCACCAGAGGACAGAGACAGUUUUGAAAGUCCAGAUGUUCCUGUAUGUUUACUUGCCUCAUAGCCCCCUACCCUCAGAUCCCACCCUCCCUCAAAAAAGAAAUUCAGUUAAGUAGCACAUGCACUCUUUCUAAAUGAUCUGGUGUGUUACUUCAGCACUUCACCAUUAAUUAUGAUGCCUCAACAACAUGAUGACCUGCACGGUCCUUCACAGCAACCAGUGUGUAAAUAUGCAGUAAAUAAAGCUUUUCUUGCACUAUAA